AUGGGUUCCAGCAACAAGAAGAAGCGAGAGAAGCAGAAGGACUUCCAAAAACCCAAGUUCAAGGUUGGAAAGGAUAAACCGAAAGCUUCAAAUUUUACAGACACGAGUUUCAAGUCAAAAGCGAUUGUGAUGGGACACCAGUCACUGUCAACAGUCGCACCCGAUGUCGUUCAACAAUUCAAGCAUAAUCUGUCACUCGCUUCUUCUUCCAAAUCGGACAAACAAAGGAGGGAAGCAUUGGCCUAUCUGACUUCUCAACUUUCUUCGGAACCUCCUAUCAACCCUGUAGGAACACAUGCAGUGCUUGUCAAGUUGCUCCCUUUGAUAUCGGAUAGCUCAACGCCAGUUCGAAGUCAGCUUCUCAAACUUUUCAAAGAACUCCCAUCUGACGAGGUCAGACAUAGCGUGGAACAGGCCAUCAUGUUCAUUCGUGCAGGCAUGACUCAUCUUUCAGCAGACAUUAGCAACGACUCACUGGGUGUAAUGGAAUGGCUUCUCGAUGUUGCAGAAAGCGACUUGAUUGUGUGUCCCGGUGGCUGGGUGAAGACCUUGAAUAGUUUCUGUGCCAUGAUGGGAUGGGCAUUGACAACUUCAAAAGCCGGAUGGUCCUCUGGCGCGAAAUCUGGUCUGCGCGCCAAGGAUGCUUCAACAUACGCUCGCCAAAUCACCACACUAUCACGAUUCAUAGAGGCUGGCCUUCGACCGGAAGCUGAAAUUCCCGAUGAUGAGUCAGAGAUAUGGGACAGCUUGUACAGAAUACCACAGGAUUCAAAUGCUUUCGAGCAUCUCAACCUAUACGGCACUAGACGAGAUGAAGAAGGAGAAAUGUAUCCUGGCCGCGACGCGAGACAACGAGUUUUCGAGCGAAGAUUCCUAGAGGCAGUCUUGAAGGGCACGGAUCAAGCAAAGAAAGAAGGUGGCGCUACCGGUCGAGCGGCAGCAGGCCUUGACCAAGUGCUUCAGAAUGGCAUGGGCGAAUACGAGAGUUCAACGGCAAUGGAUACCCAGGAUCUCUUGAGCCUCUGGUGA